AUGGCUGUAGGCAGUACGGCAGAGCUGCAAGCCAAGCCGUUCCCCCGUUACAAUGGCGACACGAAGUCUAAGGGACGAACACCACCGUGGGGCCCGGAGCGCGGCGGGCGGGGCAGUCCCGCGCGGGGCAGUCCCGGCGGCACAGGCCGCGCCCCGCGCCGCUGCGCGCGGGCCCCGCCGCUCCAGCCAAUGGCAGCGCGCCCUUCCCCGCCCGGCGCCGCCAUUGGCCGGGGCCGCCGCUUCCGCCGAGGGCCGGGAUUGGCGGCGGCGCGCGGGCGCGAAAGGCGGCGGCGGCAGCAAAAAGCAAAACCCCGGCGCGCGCCGGUGCCCGCGUGUCCAGAAGUGGCCCUCGAAGUCUUGUAUUUUUUUUCACUUGAGACUUGUUUUGUGAUGGAGACGGUGUUGAAGUCUCCCUGUGAUGAACAGCACCCUCAGCAGGCUGAAGAAUUCCACGGGAAUCUUGAGCAGAGCAGCAAGGUUUCAGCAGGAGUAAAAAAAGAUAUUGAAAAACUUUAUGAAGCAGUGCCACAGCUUGUAAAUGUGUUUAAAAUAAAGGAAAAAAUUGGGGAAGGUACUUUUAGCUCUGUGUACUUGGCCACAGCACAGAUGCAAACAGGAUAUGAGGAAAAAAUUGCUCUGAAGCACUUGAUUCCGACCAGCCACCCUCUGAGAAUAGCUGCUGAACUUCAGUGCCUCACAGUGGCAGGGGGACAAGAUAAUGUUAUGGGAGUUAAAUACUGCUUUAGGAAAAAUGAUCACGUUGUUAUUGUUAUGCCAUAUCUGGAGCAUGAAUCCUUCUUGGACAUUUUGAGUUCCCUUUCCUUUGAAGAAGUGAGGGAAUACAUGUUUAAUCUGUUUAAAGCGUUGAGGCGCAUUCAUCACUUCGGUAUUGUUCACCGUGACGUCAAGCCCAGCAACUUCCUCUACAACAGGCAGCUAAAAAAGUAUGCCUUGGUAGAUUUUGGCUUGGCACAAGGAACCCCUGAUACGAAAAUUGAGCUUCUUAAAACUGCCCACUCUGAAGACCAGCAGGGAAGUUGCUUGCGAACUAAUCCCAUUGUAACCUUGGGAAAUGGGGUUUCUGUCAGUGUCACAGCACCUAAACAGAUAGCUCAACAGUCAGCUUCAAAAGCAGCUGAUAGAAGGUCCAGCUCGCUUUCAAAAGUACAGAUGAAACAAGGAAGAGGAGGAAAGGAAGACUCUGUGCACCAUUCUGUCCAGCGCUCUGUCUUUGGAGAGAGGAAUUUCAAUGUCUAUAGCUCCACAUACCAGGAGAACUCAAGCACAAAACUCAUAAAACAACCAAAGAUGAUAGAUGUUUCAUCUAGGAAGUUAGUAACAAAGAAGAAGGUUAUUUCUACCAAAACUGUGAGCAAUGGGGCAGCGAGGAAAGCUGCCAGUGGUUGCCCUUUAAACGUGCACUGUGACUGUUAUGCAACGGACAGAGUUUGCAGUGUUUGCCUUUCAAGGCGUCAGCAAGUGGCUCCCAGGGCAGGAACACCUGGAUUCAGAGCACCAGAAGUAUUAACAAAGUGCCCCACUCAGACCACAGCAAUAGACAUGUGGUCUGCAGGAAUCAUAUUCCUUUCUCUGCUCAGUGGACGGUAUCCAUUUUUCAAAGCAAGUGAUGAUUUAACUGCUUUGGCACAAAUCAUGACAGUUCGUGGAUCCAGAGAAACCAUUCAGGCUGCUAGAACUUUUGGAAAAUCAAUUGUGUGUACCCAAGUUGUCCCAGCUCAAAACCUACGAACCCUCUGUGAAAAGCUGAGAGGAACAAAUAGCAGCUGUAAGAGAUCUCAGGGGGAAGGGCCCAGCAGGUCUGACAACAUCACAGCUUUGUCAGUUGCAGCAGACAAACCUUGUGCUCCUGAGACACUUGGAAAACAAAUUCAACAUUUACAGAAUUUUCAGGAAAGUGAUGGUGCUUUGGAAACGAAGGCAGCUGACAUGAAAGGAUGGGAUCAGGUUCCUGAUGAAGCAUAUGACCUACUUGAUAAACUACUAGACUUAAACCCUGCAACAAGAAUAACUGCAGAAGAGGCUUUGCUGCAUCCCUUUUUUAAAGACAUAAGGGUCUGAGAAGAUAACUUACUUUGUUAUUCCUCUUAGAUGUUUUGUGUGGAAAUGAAAUACUGAGGCAGUUUUACCUUGUUGCCCUCAACAUUUACACUCAUUGAAAUAACAUCACACUGUGCUCUGAACUACUGAAAUUUUGUCUUGUACAGUUAGACUGCAAAUGUCAGUUUAAGAAAUACUUGCAGAUGCAAAAGUUACAUAAACAUCACUAACAUGGGUCUUAUCCUAAGACACUUCUGAGAGGUUAUUGCUGUGCAUACCUGUUCUCUAAGAAAGUUAACUUUGAUCAAAAACAACAAAGAAAAAAGAGUUUCAUAAGCUCUAUGCUUAAUUCUUGAGGUAUUCCCUUAAAAUUUACAAGUUUGCCUUAAGGUAAGACUGAAAUAAGAAAGUGUUUGAGGGACUUUUUUCUGUACUUGCACAUUUGGUACAUGAGGGACUGAAAAGGGAACAAAGCGUAUUCAUUUUGUUCAGACUAUUUUCAGAGAACAGUAUUACUUUGGGAGUGUUGCUAGAGGAAAGGCCAGGUGCUGCAGAUUAUAUCAUCAAAAGAAAAGCAUAACUUUUAAAAGUACAUUUUUGUUCCUGUCUGGCCUUUGCUACUUAGAAAAUAGUAAUAAAUGCAGUUACUCAUUUUACAUGUGUCCUCAGUGCCAUGGGUGACUGUCAAUAUUCCGCAGCUGCCGCCUUCCAGGAUGUCUUGAGUG